UGUCUUUUGCCAAAUCGCGAGUCGGCCGAGUCGAGUCGAGUUUUGAGAGAAGAGAACUCGCCCCCCUCAACCAACACCAUUCAUCAUCUGUCCUUCGUAUCAAAAUAAAACCGGGUCUUCUCAAAAUUCCAUAAAACCCUGUGAUCAAACCACUUGUUUGUAUCAUGCUUUUCAUUUAAAUAGUUUAAUUAAAGGAGGAUCGUGUGUUUGCAAGCCGGUGUAAUAAUUUCAAGCGAAAUAAUGAAUGACAAUGGAUGCAUACACUUGAAUAACUUUAAGGCUGCCAAGGGGACAAAUCCAUAUAAAAUUGUGCAUGCAUUUUUUGUGUCUUGUACGUCUUUGGAAGCCAGGCGUUACAAGGCAACAUCAUGCCUUUGUUUUGCCUGUGGCAAGUCGGGGCCCCGGAUGCACUCGUGCCUCCACUGCAUUUACUUUGCAUGCUAUGCGGGUCACAUUCAAGAACAUUCAAAAUCCAAGAAGCACUUUCUAUACAUUGACCUGAGCUACGGAAAUGUUUUCUGUACACAAUGUCAAGAUUACAUCUAUGACCGGGAGUUAACUGAGAUUGGGAUGAAUCAUCGACUUAAAGAAGCCAACCAAAUGACGUCCACUGCUCUGCAAAGGGUUUCCAUAACGACCGGUCCUGUGCUGCCUGCUUCCAGGUCUUUGGGCAUAAGUGUGCCAUUCAUGCCUUGGCUGCCCAACACCAGCGAGGCUCUAGCGCUGCGGCGACUUCGGAAGCGCCGCCUCAUCAGCCCGCACACCACCAUAGGGCUCCGAGGGCUGCAAAACUUGGGCUCCACCUGCUUCAUGAACUGCAUUGUGCAGACACUAAUUCACACUCCACUGCUCCGGGACUACUUCCUCGGCGAGAAACACAAGUGCAAGGCGCAGAGCAGCGUCAAAUGCCUCGUGUGCGAGGUCUCUAAGCUGUUUCAGGAGUUCUACUCCGGCGCCAAGACGCCGCUGACGUUGCACCGGCUGCUGCACCUGAUCUGGACGCACGCGCGCCACCUGGCGGGCUACGAGCAGCAGGACGCGCACGAGUUUUUCAUCGCCACGCUCGACGUGCUGCACCGGCAUUGCAUGAACGGCGUAGAAGACACCGAGCGGCGUGAGAACGUGCGCUGCAACUGCAUCAUCGAUCAGAUAUUCACGGGCGGGCUGCAGAGCGAUGUCGUCUGCACGUCUUGCUCCGGAGUCUCCACCACUAUCGACCCGUUCUGGGACAUCAGCCUCGACGUGGCCGGCCCGGGGUCCCUUCAAGCCUGCUUGGAGCGUUUCACUCGCGCCGAGCAUCUUGGCUCCGCUGCUAAGAUCAAGUGUUCCAAUUGCCGCGCGUACCGCGAAUCCACGAAACAACUGACGCUCGAAACGCUGCCAAUAGUGGCCAGUUUCCACCUAAAACGCUUCGAGCAUUCUUCGCAGAUCGACAGGAAGAUAUCCGCGUUCGUUUCGUUCCCCGCCGAGUUGGAUAUGACCCCGUUCAUGUCGACGCACCGUCGCGCGGUCGAUGUGGGCGCGGCCGAUAACAACAACGCGCCUGAAGGAAUAUUCGAGGACAACCGCUACUCGCUGUUCGCGGUGGUCAACCACCUGGGUUCUUUGGACGCGGGCCACUACACGGCCUAUGUACGCCAGAUGAAAGGCAGCUGGUUCAAGUGCGACGACCACAUGAUCACCCGCGCGUCUCUGCGCGAGGUUUUAGAUAGCGAAGGGUACCUGCUCUUCUACCACAAGACUGUUCUGGAGUAUGAGUGUGAAGUCUCAUAGAUUUUAUGGGGACAGGCUAGUUCAUACGAAAGUUAUCUGCAAAAGAUAUUAUAAUAUCUUUGAACCUGACGUUCGUAUCACAUUAGUCAGAUUUGGGUUUGCUUUUAGUUAGGAAUAAAUACUUUCAAUGUGGUAAGUCAUGUCCCCUACGUGAUAUUAGCGCUUAGAUUCGAAAGAAGUCUACUGUCAUCUUAAAUUGUAUCUUUAUGGGGUAUACUCACCGGGAGCAUUCCCUUUACAAGAAUUCGAUGUGCGAGCGUUUGUUAGGCACGUAAGAAAUUGUGCAAUUAACCCAAUAAUUGCAAGGCACUCAACUUCUCAAUAUCUUCUACCUCAUUUCAGCCCUGUAAAAGUUUCUUCAUGGUUUCUAUUGCUAUACAACAUUGCGUUCUGA